GUGUUCCGAUGACAUUAGUGCCAUGUGCGACUUGUGAAAAAACCUUAUGAAAUCAACAUGUCUCAUAUACGAACGUUUUUACGGGCAAAUUACACAUUUUGUGCAUACAAGAGAUUUUUGAUCGACAAGAAUUUACGUCUCACCUGUUUUAUUUCAAAAUUACAAGGACAGUCUCAAUGCAAACGAAAUUUCAACACAAGCUCGCUCUGGAGAAAUAAAGAAUCGAGGAAAUCCGGGAAUAUAGCAGAUAUUCUCGUCAAAGAGUCGUCUCUAGAAACAUUAGUCGAUCCCACGGGAGCAGGAAUAGAUAUGACGGGAAAACUAGACAGAAUCUUGGUGGCAAAUAUUAUGAGGCAGUUUCAACAAAGAGAAGAAGUUUGUAAAGCAGCAACAUCAGAAGGUCUAUUAGAGCCCUUCUAUUCUAAGGCAAUGGACCGCUUUGUUGAGUUUGUGAUGGAUAAUAUAGACAGACUUCCUGCCCAGCUCCAUGUGAUUAUCUAUGAUAUAACGAAAGCAGAGGGUAAAGGAAAGAGUAUAGAUGAUUUAUACCCGUAUUUUAUUGACUUUGCCAAAAAAAUAUAUCCACAGUUUGAAUUUCAAAAGGACUUGCAACUCAUCUGUGAUUUGACCCAACCUGCAAAUUGGUAUGCUGAAGCCAGAAGAAUGAAGAGGAAAAUGAUCUUCCACUGCGGACCCACCAACAGUGGCAAAACCUACCACGCCUUGAAGGCAUUCAUGGCGGCUAAAUCUGGUGUCUACUGCGGUCCACUGAGGCUGUUAGCUGUGGAAGUCUUCAAUAAAUGUCUGGAAAAUAAUGUGCCAUGUGAUCUGAUCACUGGAGAGGAGAGACGCCACCAUUUUGGCCCCGACAGGCCGGCGGCUCACGUAUCCUGUACUGUUGAGAUGACCAGCACCACCACAGAAUAUGAUGUGGCAGUCAUUGACGAGAUUCAGAUGUUGAGGGACAUGGAGCGGGGUGGGGCAUGGACGCGAGUCCUCCUGGGGCUGUGUGCCAGGGAGAUACACUUAUGUGGGGAGGAGGCGGCGGUCAAUCUAGUCAAGAGGAUCGUUAAUACCACAGGGGAUACCUUGGAGGUGCGAAAAUAUGAACGUUUAAACAGGUUGAGGUUCGACAAUAAUCCAUUAAUGUCCCUGAAGGAAGUUACAGCAGGAGACUGUAUAGUGUGUUUCAGUAAACGUACGAUUUACAAGGUGUGCAUCGAGUUGGAGAAGUUAGGACACAAUGUGGCCGUUAUCUACGGCAGUCUACCUCCAGCAACAAAACUAGCCCAGGCUCAGAAGUUUAAUGACCCGAAGGACCCCUGUAAAGUGUUAGUGGCCACCGACGCCAUUGGAAUGGGCAUUAACCUGAAAAUCAAACGGAUCAUUUUUCUGGAGAUUCAGAAGUUGACUCGGGAUGAGAACGGUGAUCUGAAUUAUUCCUUUAUUCCCACGCACCAGGCCAAGCAGAUAGCUGGUCGGGCGGGGAGGUUUGGGAGUGGGGAGAAUGUGGGGUUGGUGACCGCCCACACAGAGAAAAAGAUGAUCGAACUGAAAGAAAUCAUCCAACAGGACCUGGAGGACAUUCAGGCUGCUGGAUUGUUACCCACUGUUGAACAAUUGGAGCAGUUUUAUUUCUAUCUUCCCAACUUUAGCAUGCGUGAUAUUCUGGGUAUUUUUCAAUACAUGUCAACUGUGAACAGUGAUAUGUAUUUCCUGUGUGGAUUGGAGAAUUUUAAAGAGCUAGCAACAUUAAUCGACCAUAUUGACCUCCCCCUUCGAGUCCGGUACCAAUUCUGCCUGGCUCCAGUGUCAGUCAAAUCACCAUUCCUAAGCACUUUAUUUACAAAGUUUGCCAGGAGUUACAGUAAUGGGACUCCCAUUGACUGUAAGUGGCUGCUCCUUCAGACAGACUACCCCUGGAUCCUCCCCAAGACAAUCAAGAGUCUGGCCAAGCUGGAGGAGGUGCACGAGAUCAUGGACAUGUACCUCUGGCUCAGUUUUCGAUUUGAGGAAAUCUUCUGUGAUAGAGAAUCAGUCCGUGGAGUUCAGAAACAAUUGGAGGAAGUGAUAGAGGAAGGCGUAGAAAAGCUGGGAGUUCUCCUAGCCCAGGGAACCAAUAACCCACCAGCUAAAGGGAAGGGGAAGAUCAUAGCAGCAAAGAAAAGCAUCCGCAGGGCCAAAGGAAAGUGAUGGGUGAACUUGCAAAGCAUGAGUGGUUCCAGAACUUCCAGUAUUAUUGACUGUGUUUGAACAUACGAACAUGGGUACAUUCCCAGUGAAACAAGAAAAGGUUGUCUUUAAAUGACUUAUCAAGAAAUGUCAGACCAUGGUGCUUUUAACAUUCAUGAAGAGAAUAUAGCGGGACAUUAAUAAACUCUGUUGAUCCAUAAUGAAGACUGAAGCAUCAGUCACUUUGAAUUGAAGUUGGAGAUUUUGUACACUUUACUAGUCAUGUCUUCAAGUUAUGUCUGUGAAAUUUGUAUUUAACUGCUAACUUCAUAGGUCAGGCACUGGUACAUAUUCAGUUGUGUACUAUAUCAGCAUAAAUAGAACCAAAUACUGAUAGUAAUUAAUAGUUUUUCAUGAGAAGUGAAAACAUUAUUUACAAUAUACUUCAAUGCAAAUUAAAAUUGUUUUUCAUGGGAAGUAAAAUCAUUAAAUGAUUUACAAUGUACUUGAAUGCUAAUUAAAAAUGUUAUUAUAUUUUGUUUAUCUUGAAAAUGCUUAUACAGCAUAUAAAUAAAUGUAUGUGUUUGCUAUUUCAUAGAGGGGCUUUAUUGUGAAAGUUAAUGAACUGAAUCAGUGUUCCAAGGAAGUGGCCCUGUCAGUGUUUAUCCAUGUCAAUAGUAUGAUUGAAAAUAUACAGAAGAGAAUUAGUUUGAUGGGUUAAAAAUUUUAAAUAUUUAUUUAAAGAUUUAAUGAAUAAAUUAACAUGUGCUGAUUGAUA